AUGAAUCAUAAAAGAAAGAAUAGAGAAGAAAGUCAAGAAGAAGAAUAUAAUCCAGAACAACCAGAAAUAGCGAAAAAGAAGAUGGGAGGAGAACAACAAGAGAUUAAAAACAUAGCAGAGGAAUCUGAUAAAGACCCAAGCAUCAAUAUCAAUGGCAAACCAUUUACAAAUAGAUACUACGAGAUUUUAAAGGGAAGAAAGCAAUUGCCCGUCUAUGAACAACGUGACGAUUUCAUCAACAAACUACUCAACAAUCAAGUGAUCGUGUUGGUUGGUGAAACUGGUUCGGGAAAGACGACACAGAUCCCACAGUUUGUACUCGAGUCGGGCCUCAUCAAGGAGGGUACGAUGGUGGCUGUCACUCAACCACGUAGAGUGGCUGCCAUUUCGGUGGCUACUCGUGUCGCCGAGGAAAUGGAUGUUAAGUUGGGCGAGGAAGUUGGUUACUCGGUGCGUUUCGAGGAGAGCACCAGCGACAAGACACUGAUGAAGUACAUGACGGAUGAGCCUGAGCGCGACUAUCUCGAGGCUGCCGUACGCACGGUGCUAACCAUCCACGCUGAAGAGCCCGAAGGUGAUAUCCUGCCAUUCCCCAACCGUAAGGUCAUCCUUUCGACCAAUAUUGCCGAGACAUCCGUCACGAUCGACGGUGUCGUCUAUGUGGUCGAUCCAGGCUUCUCCAAGCAAAAGACGUACAACCCACGUUCGCGUGUCGAGUCGUUGCUCGUGACCAACAUCUCGCAGGCUUCGGCCAAGCAGCGUGCCGGUCGUGCCGGUCGUACCAGACCCGGAAAGUGCUUCCGUCUCUACACCGAGCACGACUUUAAAAAAGAGUUGAUUGCACAGACCUACCCCGAGGUGCUGCGUUCCAACUUGUCGACCGUCAUCCUCCAACUCAAGCGUCUCGGCGUCGACGAUCUCGUCCACUUUGACUGGAUGGAUCCACCCGCCCCCGAAACACUCAUGCGUGCACUCGAAGUAUUGCAUUACCUCGGCGCACUCAGUGACGAGGGUGAUCUCACCAAAGACGGUGAAAUGAUGGCUGAAUUCCCACUCGAUCCCCAGCUCUCCAAGAUGCUCGUCAUCUCACCAUCAUACGGCUGCUCCAACGAGAUGCUGUCCAUCGCAGCCAUGCUCUCCGUCCCACCCGUCUUCCAACGCCCCCGUGAAGCCCGUCGUGAGGCCGACGAGGCCAAGAAGCAGUUUGACCACGUUGAAGGCGACCAUUUGGCGUUGCUCAACGUCUACCACGCCUACAAGCAAAGCGGCAGCGACCGCAAGUGGUGUUACGACAACUUUUUGAAUAACCGUGCCCUCGAACAGGCCAGCAGCGUGCGUAACCAGCUCGCUAACCUCAUGAACAAGUUCAAGCUCAACCUCGUCUCGAAUGACUCGGCCAACAGCCACCUCUACUACCAAAAUAUCCGAAAGUGCGUUGUUGCCGGUUUCUUUAUGCAAAUGGCCAAGAUCGAGAAAAAGAACCAGUACUACACCCUUGGUGACGAUGCACCCGUCAUUUUCCAUCCAUCCACCGGUUUAAUCCGUCGUCCCGAGUGGGUCGUCUACAGCGAGCUCGUCCUCACCUCCACCUCUUACAUUCGUUGUGUCACUGACGCUCGUAUCGAAUGGAUCUAUGAAAUCGCACCUCACUACCUAGAAUCACUCACCGAAGAUACCACCCCACCAAAAUCAAGAGCCGUCAUUUCAAGAUUCCUUUCAAGUAAAAAACCUCAACAACCUCAAAAGCGAAGAUAA